AGUUAGAAUGUGCUAGAAUGUCCGGCAUGUGAAUGGGAGAGCUGUUGUACUGCGGGGACCUGGAGAAAUGGUCCAACACGGCACGUGGUAAGACCUGGAGGAAGUUCUUUAUCAGACUUACAAACAGGGAGAUCAGGUGGCAUCUACCAACUGAGGCGGAUCAGAAUGUGUUUCUUGGAGAGAUUGAAGUAUCUCGAAUAGUUAACGCGAAGAUAGACAAGACAUCAGCCCUCAACGAGCCUGAUCACUGUAUGUUUAUUGUUCAAGAUCCUCAGAUUACUCAUGAGUUCAGGACUUCUUCUCUUGAACAAUCGGAGCACUGGGUACAACAUAUUAAAAACGCUACCUUACCGAAGACUAGGAGAAAGAAACUACCAGAUACCUUGGGACGAGACAGGAUUCACUCAGAUACCUCCAACCAAUCCAACAUUUCAGUCAAGUCUACUCAAGACAAGCCAGCAAUGGUAACAGAGAUUAUGGGCGGCACUCAUAUAUGCCGACCUUCUGAUCCGUCCGAGGGCGAACAAAAAACGGAGAAAAACACCAUUCUUAUCAUGAACAACAUACCCGAGAGACUUAAGGACUCUCUGAGAAUCCGACGAGCCCAAUCAUCAGACAACAUACAUCUAAAGGUGGCCACUGAGGAGGUGAGGCCCAGGCCUAGCAGCCCUAGGUCCAUGCGUUCCACCAGCAACUCGCUAAAGAAAAACCGUUAUUCUUUCAGUUUGUCAACUUUCUAUCCGUUUUCUCCACGACCCUCAGUUGAUUCAGAUACUGACCUGUCGGAGGUACCAUCUGAUAUCCUAAACGCACCGAUUGUCAGGGAAGGGUACCUUAUCAAACAGGGUCAGAAGAUAAAGAACUGGAAGAGAAGGUGGUUUACGCUGUCAAGUUCAGCUUUAACGUAUAGAGAAGAAGAGAGUACAGCAGCGAAAGGGAUAAUAUACAUGGCGGAAGUUAUUUUAGCUAGGAGAUCUUGCAAGUAUCCCGACAAGAAGUUUCUGUUUGAAGUCAUCACUAAAAAGAGAACUUACUACAUGAUGGCGUCUAGUCAGGACGAGAUGACGACCUGGACGGAUGCUCUCACAACCAUUCUGAUCCCUGAGAUACACAAUAACUGCAACAACUCGGACGCUUCCUCCUUGAGCUCCUCUUGAAAGGAGAUGUCUCAACUUGUCUCUACUUCAGAGACACUGCCUAUUAAAUUAAAUAUAUAGGACUUCUUCAGUUCAAUGCCCGCGUUUCAUUGAAACACUGAUACAGUUUGAAUACGCUAAGGUGGUCAUCAGUGUCAGACUUUUAGAAGUAUAGAGUAGAACAAGAUCGCACGGUGACAUUUUCACCGAAAGCGAGUUUUAAGAGUUAAAGUUAUUAGUUUUCGCAAUUUUAUCGAUGCGUUUUCCUUAUAAUAUUUUUCCAUCAUUAAUAUUCUGUUCGUAUGAUUAUUUACAUUCCUUUCGGCGUUAAGCACUUUUUUGGGAACGGCUAACAAAUUAGUUACUCGGUAAGUUGAUUUAUACAUCCUGAUUAAAGUUUUGAUUUUAUACGGUUAAUGUUCUAAUUUUUAUGAUUGAAUGUUGCACUCUUUAUAAUCCAAA